UCGUUAUUUCUUUAGUUUACUUAAAACUUAGAAACCAUCACUUGUCUUUCAUCUCUCUUUAGCAAAUGGCUUCCACAAAUGUUGAAUUCACAUGCUAUGUUGGCAACCUGGAGUCGGACACAGAAGAAAAAGAUCUCGAGAAUGCAUUUUUUCAGUUUGGCGACGUUAUAGAUUCUAAUGUCGUUUACGAAAGAGAUGAUAUCUAUUAUGAUUAUGAAAACGACUACGAAUGUGAGCUUCCGAUCUUUACAAUAACGAGAAAGGUAUAUGGAUUUGUUAGUUUCAAAGAUGAGAAAUGCAUGAAGGAUGCCAUCAAAGGAAUGAACGGUCAGAAGCUCGGGUUAAAGACCAUUAAUGUGCAAGAGUCUCACUCAUCUCGGAGGAGUCGUCGUCGUGGUGGACAUGUUGGUUCAAAAAGGGUUUAGAAAAUAAAAUAUGGUUAUAUAAGAAAUAAGGCUCUUUGUAACCAGUAAUAAUCAAUCAAUAUUUAUGGAAGGUUGGUGCUUUGAAUAAAGUA